AUCCAGGUUCAAUAAAUUGCGCUCCUCCAUUUUAAUUUUCAUCAAAAUUGUUAAAGUUUUCGAGGCGUUAUAGCGUUAAAACAAGUGUCGGCUGUUUGUGCAUCUAAAUUUCAAUAGUAUACCGUAUUAAGUUAUUAAUUAAUACUUUUAAACAAAAAAAAAACCAUCACCAUGGCUCCAAAUAACGCCUGUAAAUUGUGCAUGAACGUGCCGAAGAAAAAUGCCGUGACAAAAAUCAAUGCUCUACCCAAAACCUUUACAAUUGUUCUUGAAGAAAUGAGCGGUGUUAAGUUCUCCAAAGCAGAUUCGCUUAACAUGGUCAUAUGCAUGAAAUGUCUGGACUUUCUAAAGAACAUGGAGAAUUCAUCAUCUCGUCCUAAAUCGAACAAGAUUUCACAAGAGGGUAAGAAGAGGGUAUUUAGGUUAAUGGAGAAGAAACGUAUGCCAGCCGCCCAAGCUAUUGAAACUGUUCUAGCUGAACAAAGAGCUAAAGAGUUGCUCCUCGAGUCAGGUAUUAAAGGUCCCGUUGUAGGUGGAAAUCAGCAGGCAAUUGUGAAACCUGCGGUUGAUCUGCCCGCUAAUUCUUCGCCAAUGCUAAGAUUAAGCGGCGCCCAACGCAAGAAGGUAAAAAUAUUAGUUGACGCUGGAAUGGACCCUGAAGCUGCUCGUCAACUCGUUUUUGCAGCUCUCAUUGCAAAUCGGGUUACCCAGCCAAUUGACAUGAGAAAUAACCAAGGCCGAAACGAUCAAAGGGGUCCUAUGGGUCAACAAGGAAGGGCAAAUCAGCAACAAACUGCUAAAGGACCCCUCCACCAAAACGCAGCAGGCCCAAAAAAUAAUCCACCAAAAGGUGGGGCCGCUCCGAUCGGAAGGGCAAAACAGGCCCAAAAACCUCCCGUCCAGCGCGUGGCUCCAGUGAAGGCUGCUCCUAUCAAAGCUGUUCCAGAAAAAGCUGGUGCGGGCUCUAAGGCUCCAAACCAAAAAGCUGUGGCGUUGAAAAACAUCGCUGCCUCGCCUGGCAUACUUCUCCCACAGAACAUGCGGCAGAAUAAAAACGCUGGCGGAGGACGGGGUGCCAACUCGGACAGGCGAGUUGCAGCCACUGUCAGUUCGCGCCGUAACGAGCGUCCAGCUCCUUACAGUAAUAAUCGCCAGUCAAACCAUUCACAACGCAACCAAAUGCCAUCCCAACGCAAUCAGAUGCCAUCCCAACGCCAGCAAAACCAAUCUCAACGCCAAAACCAAUCCCAACGCCAGAACCAAUCACAGUUGCAAAAUAUGCAAAAUAGCAACUUCAACCAGCGGCAACAGCAAAGUAUUUCCUUUGAAGUUGGCAUCGUGCCCAUUAAUUACCCCAAUGACAUGUUAGAUGAUUUGAAACUUGAUGCGCUCAAAGAGGCCAUCACCAAUGAGAUCUUGAAGAUUCCCCAAGGCGGUCCAUUGAUCCGCUUCUUGGGCACAAGUUCUCAAAACGGCUGGUUGAAGGUCAUUUGCGCUGACGAGUUGAGUUACAACUGGUUGGGAAUGUUAGUCUCACGUUGGGAGAGAGCUGGAGUUCGUAUGGUCGAGGGCAACGCUCUCCCCCAGCCUGCGAUUCUCACUUUCUAUCUGCAAGCAGAUUUCCGCGGCCCCGAUGAAAUUCUCAGUAUUAUUGAAAAACAGAAUAACUCUCUGAAUGCCAAGCAAUGGCGUGUUCUUAAUCGUGAAACCGAUGGCAAUGGCCAAAGGAUCACGGUUUGCGUCGAUGAGCAGUGCUUCCAGGCUCUGCGUAGUCGUGACUUUAUGGUAUUCCUUGGAUUGGGUGUUGUCGAGCUAAAGCCUAGGCGUUCAGCCUCCGAUGACAUGCCCUUCAAUAAUAAUGCUAAUUCAUCAUCCCAAAACUUCGGGGGUAAUAACAAUUUCUAUAAUUCUGGCAACGACAAUAUGCAAGGUGGUGGUCGUGGUAGUGGUGGAAGGAAUGGCAUGGGCAAAGACAAUUAUAACUCGAUGAAUUCUGGACGCGGUGGCGGCAAUAAUAUGAACUACCAAAGACAAGGUGUAGGCUACCAAUGGUAAACUUGUUUGUUUGCUUUUUUAUAACCCAAACAAAAAGAAAACUCAAUUAAUUUUAAACUUACAUGUACAACAUUAUGAAAUAGAACAAAAACAAAUAAGAGAAAGUAAUAAAUUACUUACACAAUACUCAA